CAUGGCACCCUGAGCAGUGGCAGGUCCUCGGACAAGGGCCCCUCCUGGUCCAGUCGCUCCCUGGGCGCCCGCUGCCGGAACUCCAUCGCCUCAUGCCCGGAGGAGCAGCCCCAUGUCGGCAACUACCGGCUCCUCCGGACCAUCGGGAAGGGGAAUUUCGCCAAGGUCAAGCUGGCCCGGCACAUCCUUACUGGGCGAGAGGUCGCCAUCAAGAUUAUUGACAAAACCCAGCUCAAUCCCAGCAGCUUGCAAAAGCUCUUCCGAGAAGUCCGAAUCAUGAAAGGCCUCAAUCACCCCAACAUUGUGAAAUUGUUCGAAGUCAUUGAGACGGAGAAAACCCUCUACCUGGUCAUGGAGUACGCCAGUGCUGGGGAGGUCUUUGACUACCUCGUGUCCCAUGGCCGCAUGAAGGAGAAAGAGGCAAGAGCCAAGUUUCGGCAGAUCGUCUCCGCCGUGCAUUACUGUCACCAGAAGAACAUUGUGCAUCGGGAUCUGAAG